AUGGAAGAUGAGAGCCAUGGAAAUUGCAGAAGCAAUUAUCCGACCACGACGACGACUAGAGAAAAUUCAGAAGGUGGUAAUAACAACAACUGUUCGUCACUAAAGAUAUUCAAUAGCGACCACAACAUCAAUAGUGUCGGUUCUAACACUACACCUGUCACCAAUAAUGUUACUACCACGACGACGACAAACACAACUCAUCAUCAUACAACUCUCAACAAGGAGCAAGAUCGUUUCCUACCCAUUGCCAACGUGGGCAGGAUCAUGAAGAAAGUGAUACCGCAGAACGGGAAGAUCUCGAAAGAAGCCAAGGAAACCGUUCAGGAAUGCGUAUCGGAGUUCAUCAGCUUCGUGACCGGAGAAGCCUCCGAUAAGUGUCAGCGAGAGAAGAGGAAGACGAUCAACGGGGACGAUAUCAUAUGGGCUAUAACGACGCUAGGGUUUGAAGAUUACGUUGCGCCACUCAAAACGUACCUCGGCAAGUACAGAGAGAUUGAAGGCGAGAAACUCAACUUGCCGAAACAACAACGAGUCGAGCCCAGGUUACCGCAACAACAACAACAACAACAUCUACAACAUCAACAACAACAACCGCAUCACAAUCAUCAGCAUCAAGUUCUUCACCAUCAAGAUGGUGAAGUAGUGCAACAAAAUAUUCAUCAGUACAAUCUUAAUAACAACAAUGUAUAUUCUUCCAUGAAUCUUCUAUCGCAACCAACUUCUUUUGUCGCCACAGAUCAAACAUAUUCAUUAACUUUCUCCCCUCCUACUUCACUUCCCAAACAAUUACAGCAACAGGAUGAACUUGAUUCAGUCAGGCAGUGGUAA